AGCGGCGCUCCGGCUCGGACCUGGCUUUCCGCCCGGGUCCGCGAGCGUCUCGUGUCCCUGCGGCCGCGCGCCGGGUCCGCGGGGAAGGCAGGUCCGGGCUCGCACCGCCUGCGGAGAGGACCGGGCGCGGCGGCGACGGUGACUCCCGCCUGGCUUGACAGCGCAGGACCAUGGCUCAGGCGGCCGCGGCUCCGGAUUGGCACCUGGGGACUGACUGCCAACGAGAGGCCCAGAUUCAGUCUGCAGAGAUCUCCCUUCUGGCCAUCCUGGCUGCUGUUCAGGCCGUGGAGAAGAAGACAGAGUUGCAGGCUGCCCAGCUUCAAAGCCUGGAAGUUCGAACAGGGACAGCUGAGAAGAAGCUGGCUGACUAUGAGAAGAUGGCCGUGGAGUUCGGCAACCAGCUGGAGGGCAAGUGGGCCGUGCUGGGGACCCUGCUGCAGGAGUACGGGCUGCUGCAGAGGCGACUGGAGAACGUGGAGAACCUGCUGCGCAAUGGGAGCUCCUGGGUCCUGCGGCUGCCACCCGGCAGCAAGGGCGAGGUCCCCAAGGUGCCCAUGACAGCUGAAGAGGUGGCCAUGUGUUUCUCAGAGCAGCAGGAGGGCAGCUUACGAGACUGGAAGAAGGGGCCUUGCAAGCAAGUGGCAAAGGGAAGCCGCAAGACGCUGGGCUCUGCAGACCAAGAAGCCACCACACCAGAGUGCCUGACCCUAGCGGAGACGGGAGAUGAGGUAGGCAACCACAGCCUGCCCAGUGCAGAGGGGAACAGGAACCCAGGCACUGAAGCAGGCCAGAUGGGCUCUCUCCCGGGAGGUCUGCUUCAGAUCAAGCAAGAGGAAGAAGCAUGUGGGAGGAACCUGCAGGAGGCCACUGCACACCUGUGCUCAGCACAGACCUGGCCAGCCAGCGCAGAGAAGAGGAUCCUGGAGGGGAAGUCCGAGGUCCUGGAGCCAGCCUUGGCAGCUGAAGGGGAACCUGGCAAGGAGGACGUGCAGGGGGGCACCUGUGGAGACCUGCCUCAUGCCACAAGGGAAAAAGAGGUGACCUCCUGCCCUCCAGGUCCGCAGAGCCAGGCUGCGCCAGAGCAGUGCUGGCCCUGUGCUGAGCAUGACCAGGGCUUCAGCAGCAAGGAGCUCGGCGCACAGCAGGAGCGCUGGCACCGUGACCCCCAGCCCCUCGCCUGUGAGCAGUGUCCUAAGAGCGUCACGCAGCCCGCCACCGUCACUAGCCACGGCAGUGUGCACACGACCCAGCGCACCCACACCUGUGCCCAGUGCGGCAAGAGCUUUGUUCAUCAGUCGACGCUCACCACGCACUACCGCACGCACACGGGGGAAAAGCCGUACGAGUGCGCCGAGUGCGAGAAGCGCUUCGGCCGCCUGUCCACGCUGCUGCAGCACCGUCGCACGCACACCGGCGAGCGGCCCUUCCCGUGCACGCAGUGUGGCCGGUGCUUCGGCCGCCUGUCCACGCUGGUGGAGCACCGUCGCACGCACACGGGUUCUGAUGAGCAGUGGUGAACUACAGUUGAUUCAACUGUGCUGCAUUUUGAAGUUCUGAAGAAAAGUCCCAGAUGGACUCAAGUCCAGGACAGGGCUCCAAAGGCGGGCAGAGUGAAGUAGGCCUGGAGGGCAGGGCCUUAGCAUUCAGCCCUGGGUCUGCGCCUGGACAGCACUUGCCUCUGGGAUGAAUGAGUGGCCCACGUGUGGCACCACACCCAAUUUUAAUGCCAUUGACCUGAAAUGCAAAGUUUAGCACCUCUUUACCAUUUCCCACCUGGAAUAAUAUUUAUACAUUAACUAUGUCAUCAAAUCUAAACUCCAUCAAUUGGAAGACACACCUUUAUUUUCUGUUUCACUAAGCAAGGAAAAAAAAAUGCAUCCAUUUCAUCCUGACUGUUACUAAUGCAGGCUGUUAAGUGUGUCCCACUGUAGACAUGUUCCCACACUGGCAAACGUGAGGUGCAUGAGGUGUCCUUUUACAAAGUGAAAACUGGCUAGGUGACUGAUAUGUUUGCCACCAAGAUUUAUUCUUGACAAUGCUAGGUCAGAAGAUUUAUUUUUAGACAAAGGUCCUCAAUGUGUAAAAGUGAACCAGCAAUAGCUUUGUUAUUCUGUUGAUAUGGGCUACCAACAGUUCAGAUCCAGGACUGCUCUUGAGUUUGCCUCUUCCUUCUGGAUUCCCAUGGUUUCUUUUGGCACCAGGGAGUUCAGUUCUGUGUCAGCAACUCCUGCCCCAAACCCAAGCUGCAGACAACAAUCCCCCUGGCCUCCCAGUGCCUCCCUGGCCUUAAGUGCAUACCUAUUGCAGGGCGGGUUAUCUGGACCUUCAGACAAUAAAGGUGGUGGGUUCUCUGAUUUCCUGUACUAAAUUCAUCCAACGUUCUGCUGUGGGCUGAAUUGCGUCUUCAAGUUCAUGUGUUGAAGCCCUGACUUCAGUGUGGUUUUUGGAGAUGGGACCUUUGGAUGAGGUGAUUAGGUUUAGAUGAGAUCAUCAGGAUGGGGUCACUAUGGGAUUAGUGGCCUUGCAGGAAGAGAUCAGAACUCUGCCAGGUGGGGACGGGAUGAGAAGGUGACUGUGUACAGGACAGAAGGAGAGUUCUCACCAGGACCCAAGUGUGUAGCACUGUGACCUCAGCUUUAGCCUCCAGAGCUGUGAAAUUCCUGUAGUCUAGGCUCUGCAGUCUGGCAUUUUAUUAUGGCAGCCUGGGCUGAGUAAGACACCUUACUCCCAAAAGCUUCCAAUUCCUUCCUUGUUACUCUUCCUUUCUUGAAUUUCCACUCCAUUUACUUUAGGCCAUUGUCUUACAGCCACUCCCUCCCCAAUGGUCCAGACCCAAGUGCUUGACUGCAGUUGUUGAUGGCACCUUGUUGUGGGUUGUAUUGUGUCACUGAAAGAUAGGUUCUAGUCCUGACUUCCAAGACCUAGAAUGUGGCUCAAGUUGGAGAUAAGGUCUUUGCAGAUCUAAUUGAGAUCUCAGUAAGAUGAAGUUACGCCAGAGUAGGAUAAGACUUAAUUCAGUAAGACUGGUGUCCCUGUAAGAAGAGAAAACCGUGAAGAUGGAGACAACGCGGCGAUCACAUGACAAUGGAUUGAGUUUGAGUGAUGUGUCUACCAGCCAACGAAUGCAGCUCAGAAACUGAGGAUGACCACAGCAGAUUCUCACCUUAAGCCUUCGGAGGGCGUGACCCUGCUGACACGUGAUUUGAGACCUCUAGCCUCCAGAACUGUGGGAGAAUAAAUUUCCAUUGUUGCAAGCCCCCUGGUUUGUGGUACUUUAUCCAGGUCCCAAAGUUCUUUGACACAUACAUCAUUUCCUCCUGGGGUGGGGAAGUGACUGGUCAUUGGCCUGGCGUGAGGUUUUAGAGGCACACCUGGGGAAGAGUAAGGCUAAACAAACACAAGUUCAAGAUCUCGAGUUUCAAGAUGGCGAUGGUAGAACACUAAGCCAAAUAAGGCCCUUCCUCGAGUAGAUCCAUGCCUAAGUGGUCCUAGUCUAAGGGUGCUUGAGAGGGCUUUCCCUCACCUGUUCCAAGCACUGCCAAAGAGCAGGGGUUUAAAAUCCCUGGUUGUUUGUUUGUUUUUAAAUAUUUUUAGUUGUAGAUACAUACGAUAUCUUUAUUUUUUUAUGUGGUGCUGAGGAUGGAACCCAGUGCCUCACAGUGCUAGACAAGCACCCUACCUCUGAGCCACAACCGCAGCCCAGAGUCCCUUUUCUUCACGUGAGGUUACAGCAAUCUGGAGGAUUGGGGUUGAUGGAUUCAAGUACUCAGUAACAUUUCCCAUGCCCAGUGUAGCACGGCAGUAAGAUGGGGUGGUAAAUGCUGUGGGGAGGACCGUGCUCUGAGGGGUGUGUGUGCAAGUGACAUGCCAAACACUCAUCCACUGCAAAGCAGUAGUGGUGACAGCAAGUAGGGAAUAUGCGUGGAUGGAGAAGCCGGAAGAGGAAAAGACCAACUGCCAAGUCAGGACGUGCCUGCAGGAGCAUGACGCUCAGGAGUGAGCAUCGGGUCAGAGCCACGCGGUGUGACUGUGAGGUGCGUGCUCAGCAGGAGGUCAGGGCGCCCGCAGGAGAACGGCAUGAGGAAGACCCCCGCCCGGGGUGCUGACAGCGGUACACUCGCUGCUUCACACGUUUGCUGGGGAUGUACAAUGAAAAGACAGCUGCUGUUCUGUGUCGCCAGCUGCGGGUUAAGUGAAAGGCCUUGCUUGCCAAACCUAGGAGUUUGAGUUUUGUACUUUAAGUAGCGGAGAGUGGACAGGCCUUUUUAAAGUCAUUAAUGGAGCUAGGGUGUAACUCAGGGGUGGACCACUUGCCAAGCAAUCACCUGUGCUGGAAAAGCAAUAAGUAAUAAAAAAUAAAAAUAAGCCAUAAAUGUGACACAAAACAUAUGGAAAAAAAAUCUUUUUUUAAAAUUCAUAAAUGCAACAUCUGAUCCAAUCACUGCUGUAAUUUUGAUGUCAUUUCUUCUAGUCUUUUCUGCCCGUGUUUUUACACAUGCACAUAUAAAGUAGGUGCUUCCACAUUUAAGCUCUUCUCGUAAGUUCCCCCUUCCCUCCUUUACAUAUCUGUCAGGAUGAUGGGUUGAAAUGAAAUGUGACAUGUUACCUGCAGCUUGAAUAUCCGCUGACGCCCCAUUGUGUGAAUAAUGCCCUAGUCCUCAACUGCCCCUGGCUCCUCUGCUGCCACCCCGGUUGUCCAGCAUCACGCUUCACAGCCCAGCUUGUGCAGUUCUCUGGUCUGCUGCCCAGCGCCCCCUUAUGGUCAGGAUGAAGGGAUCAUCCUUUUUACCUGGUCACCCUCAGUCAUGCUCCUGCCUCUGGGCCUUGGCCCUCACUGGUCUCCCGCCUCAGAUGUCUACACAGCUCGCUCCCUGUGCACUUAACAAUGGUUUUCCACAUGUCAUCCUUGACCACUGGAUCUAAAGUAGCAACCUCCCCUGCCUCCCUGGCCCUGUGCAUUCCCCUUACUCUGCCUGUGUUUCUCACAGGUAUUUGACCUAUAGUCAGCUCCAUGUGACUAGGUUUUUAUUUUGUUCCUGUCCAGUGCCCACAAUAGUGCCUGGCACAUAACAGAUAUCUACAGAACAUUUGAAUGAUUAAAUAAAUGUUUUGCGUCUCCUUCCACUAAAAUGCUGUGAAAGCUGCUGAUGCCAAGAUGGAGUCACUCACGGGGAACCAGAGACAGAAGAAUUAUGUUUCAAAGGAAAACUGUGUUAGCGUGGAGCUGUGUUUACUGUUUUUGAGUUAUUAUCCACCUGACUGGGUAGACGAUGGAUUCUUCUAGUUGUCCCUCAUAUCUGCUAAUAAGUCUCGCAGUUCCCGAAGGUCAUUCGGUUUGUUUAGUCAGUUCCUUCAGGCUUGAGUUGAUGAUGUAAAAACUAUUAUACAAUCUGGGUUGUCAUAGAAUUAUUAUUACUUUGUAUUACUUUUAAAACUUUGUUGCCUGUCAGAUUUCUGUAGAAAUACAAACCUGUUGCCUGUCAAAUUGUUGUAGAAGUACAACUUCUAACAGAAUAAUGCUGGCCCAGCACUGAGAGAUGAUAGACAAUGCCUAUAGAGCAAAGUUCAACCUCACAGUAAAUUCUAGGCAGACUUGGCCUGAGAGCCACUUCCUCUAAGACUCCUUGUCACUCAAAACUGGCUAAGAGGGUCUUGACAUUAACAUAGCUAUUGGUCAUUUCCCCUGACCUCAGAUUGGACCAACUGGGACUGGUCCAUCUCAGCAAUGAGGGACAACCUAACCACAAGUUAAACCAUUGGUGAUGCUUUGGGGCAAAGAUCUUGAUCAAAGGGGAAAAUGUGAAAGCUCUUGAUGACAAGAUGGAGUCACAUCAGACCCAAACCACAGAGAACCAGGAGGUCAUGAGAGAGGAGGUCUCAUGCUUGUAUCACAAGUCCUUCUUCAAAUAGGCCUGUGGUAAGAACUAUUACAAGAACUGUCUGACAGCAGGGAACAUUUCUGUGAAGACACCUCCCGGGAAACCAUCAGUCACCGAGUCAUCAACAGCUCCUGCGGGGACCCUCCGUGACUAAUGAACUUUGUUUCCAGUUUGUUCCAACUUCUUCCUGCUUUAAAAAGCUCCCCCUCGUUCUCGCCUCCUUGGUUAUGCCUAUGAUCUAUCGUGGCACACAGAUCCCAGCUUAUAAUUCCUGCUUAUUCCCAGAUAAAUUUAGGAUUCUCCAGAGAGUUUCUUUCUGUUGUUUUGAAUGACAAUGUAAAUUCUUUGAAAACAAGCAUUGCUUUUCUUAUCUUUGUGUCUGUCUUGUUUAGCAUAGUGCCUGGCAUAUAGCAGGUACUUAAUAAAAAUUAAAUGAUCUU